ACGGCUUUUCAUCUUCCCGCCUUUCUUGCAUAUAAUACACUACCUCUAAACAAUUUUCGAUUUACAAGGUAUUUUACGUAAAAAACCUCGAAUGACGCGUCACUGCACAACCCUGGUUGAUACAAGCGAGAUUCAAUGCCAACAGUUAUAAAACCGGCUUGAGGGAGACUGUGUAAACGUACUAUUGGAAUUAAUUCGUCCUGCCAUCUAGCGGCCUGCGCGAUAACUACACAUUGAACACCCAGUGUCAACCCAGGAUUUGAACCUCUAAACUUCUAAACCCAUCGGUAUAAACUGGUGAACAUAUACUCCAAUUUAAUAUCCUAACUCAAAAUUAAGGUUCCGAUCUCUUUCAAUCAAUUCCUGUACGUCAAAAGCACACGAUCACCUGCUCGACGAUGGCAGGCCUUGCAGGUUAUCAGAAAGUUUACCGAGGAAGGCAAAUGGAAGAAGAGAUCGGUGCUGGUGUUCCGAAUAAAUAUUACGGCAGAGAGGUUAUUCGUCCUCUGGACAUCCCCGUUAUACAUCCUUUGGCAGAAGACAGUCCUCCAGCAGACGCCGAUGACUUCCUCGUAAAGAAGUACAUUGGGAUGGGAUGUGGCUUGGCGAGCUUGAUCACUGAGAACUUGUUGAUCCAUCCUUUUAUCAUCCUGCGGAGACAAUGCCAGGUGAAUCCCACAGCUCAGCGGUAUCAUUUGGUUCCGAUAACGCUGAUACCGGUGAUGAUUCGCUUACAUCAAAGCCAAGGACUGAGUACCUUGUGGAAAGGAAUCGGUUCCGUUUUGUUGGUCAGAGGAUUAACCCUUGCCGUUGAAGAUCUCGUCUCUAAAAUCACAUUUUGGCCAAAGGAGAUCUCUUGGAACAGCAGGCUGAAGGCGUUUGGUCAACACGUCCUCUUAAAAUGUGUGUCUAUAGGCAUCGUAAUGCCAUUUUACUCGGCUUCGUUGGUGGAAACGGUCCAGUCAGAAAUAGUUUCUGAAAGACCCGGCAUCUUGGAUGUAUUUCGAGAUGGAGCUAUGCGAGCGAUCGAAAUAAGCAACAGAGGAACUCUGCUGCCAAUCUAUAUCCUGCUUCCUCCGACUGUUGCAUAUGGAGUCGCCAAGUACUUGUUUAGUCUUCCUAUCAGAAGUCUCACUAGUCGAAUUAUGCACAUCAGGCAUAAACACUCUCAGGAACUACGGGGUGCUUACAGUCGAGAUCUCGUGUCGGAGAGCGUGGUGCAAGACAUAGAGUUGCAAUCGACUCUAAUUUCCAUGUACACUGCGGACAUUGUAUUCUACCCAUUUGAAACAGUUAUUCAGAGGUUGCAUCUGCAGGGAACCAGGACGAUCAUUGACGAUUUAGACUCUGGACGUAGCGUCACCCCACUAAUGAUGCACUGCACCGGAGCUGUCGAUUGCUACAGAAAAAUCAUAUCCAGUGAAGGUCUCUUCGGUUUGUACAAGGGUUUCGGUGCUCUAGGUUUACAAUUCAUCGUCCACGUGCUGGUGCUGAAAGCGACAAAGUGGAUUCUCAUCGAGUUAACCAACAUGUUAAGGCCAAGGCCCAAGACGAAAAAGACAGCAGCGAUCCCACCAUACUGUCCAGAGCUGUAAACUUAUACAAAAGCUUUACACACCAAUUUCCGGUGAUUCACCCAAAAAGAAAAAAACUUGUCACAGACAAGUUAUGAAAUCUGCCCCGAGCCCAGUGGCUGCGAUGAUAAUUAGUGCAUCGUAAUGAAAACUCGUGGAUAACCUUCCCAGUGGGUUACUUGUGCGUUCUCGACCCGUUUAAAUAAUGCACAGUAGAUCUUUACAACUAAUUAAUCGUAAUAAAUAUAGAUCUAUAGAUA